UAACAAAGGUCAUAUUGGAACAGAAGUGCUUUCCUUAAAAUGAACAAAAACUCGUACAACUGUUGUGCUCCCACUGCCAUAGUUUUUGAAAGAGAAAACACAUUUACUGCAAUAGCAUUUUGCUGUAUGAAAGAUGCAUUUUUUUGCAUUAAAAAUGGUUAGACCAUAUUUGCUGGAAGGUUUUGGUUUUUUUUGUUGAAAGAUUUUGUCUUUUUCUCUGAUAAAUACUAAAUGUGUGCUGCUCGGUCCAGCCUUUUCUAGUAAAAUCGUAUUGCAGCAGAACUAAGGCAUGUUGAAGCUGCCAUUACCUGACGAAGAUCUUUUGGAGUAAAUCCUUUCUUCACCUACUCUUCAUUUCAUAUUCAGUAAUCACUGCAUGUGGUUUGACUCAGUGUACAUGUUAGUGUAAUAGUUUAGAGGUACAGUAUAUUCUGUGCAUAUUCAUAUGUUGAACAAGAGAACUGAUUUUGACUGUUUGACUAAUUUACUUUUAGCCGACUAAAAUCAAUUUACUUUUUCUCAACUAAAAUAAUUUUUGCUCGACUAAAAUUAAAACUAACAAUAAUUAAAUUAGUAGCAAGUGACUAAAACUUAAAUGCAAUUUAGUCAGAAGACAGACUAAAUCAAAAUGUAUUGUCAAAAUUAACACUGCGGUGCACAUCUGUAAUGAUGAUAUACGUCAGUCAAAGCUUCAACCUAAGACUUAAGUGUCAAAUUACUCCUGUGAAAGGUUUGUUAUCUAUGAACCACGCUGACUUAAGACUUGGGAUAAAAAGAAUUGCCUACCUUUCAGGUUUUGUUUUCCUAGGGAUUUUUUAUCGUUUUGUCUGGUGCUCAUUGAUUUGGCUGAAAACUCGUUAAGCAGUAAUGUAUGUAUGUAUGUAUGUAUGUAUGUAUCUGCACCUGUCCGUCUGCUGCACUUGCAUAUGCUGUGUAUAAACGUCAUCACCGUAGUAAGGAUCUCACACAGGGUGAUGAACUAACCUUAAAUUCAUCCAUUUAAAUUCCACUCUAGAUCUGCAGCUGUCCUACAGAUUAUUAGAGUCCCCGUCAGCUUGGGAAACACGGGCCUUCAUUUUAAUCAUUCAUUAGCCAAAUCAUUCAAUUAAACCUAGUUUACUUGAAUGACGUGAUAGUAGCAAGAGAGGUAGGUUUAGGAAUAUUAAGCAACGGUUUAAUAUAUUAUGCGUUUAUUACACUUUUGUUAAUAAGCACACGUCCUUGGUGAAGGAGCGUGGCUGCGUCUUUAAGGAACAGUUAUCGCAAAUUACAGAGGGAGGGGUUAGGAUUUCUAAAGCAAAGCGUCCUCCUUCAAACGCAUCUUUAGGUCGUCCAAAGCAGAGAGCAGUCUAAAAUUACUUUAGGUAUGAAGUUCCUUGCAUUUGACUACAAAAGGUACUACACGUCCUUCCGGUUGUUCCUCGAUCUGUCGUCGGAGCAUCAGGCUAUGAGUCAAUUCAUUCGUGGGAGUCUUCCUGACAUCCUCGCACGCAUUGGGGAGGGCAAGACUGCAUUCAGUGUUUUGUCCGUUGGGACUGGUACAGGAGAGGUGGACCUGGAGAUACUUUCACAGCUGAGUAAGGUUUUACCAGAUGUGAAGGUGGGCUGUGACAUGGUAGAACCCAGUGAGCCGAAACUUAUGUUGAGAACUCCCAACUUAGAAAACGUAAACUUCACAUGGAAUCAGAUGACUGCCUCUGAGUUUGAGAAGCGCUGGAGACACAGACAGUCAGAGAAGAAAUUAGACUUCAUUCAUAUGAUUCAGAUGCUGUACUAUGUCACUGAUACUGCUGCUACUAUCUCGUUUUUCCGGAGUCUCCUGAAUGAAAAUGGAAAACUNNCAUUGCUGUCUGUUUCAGGAGAGAGUGGUUGGGGCAAGCUGUGGGACACUUAUGGGAAGGAGCUAUGUUGCACCGAAAUAACUCACUGGGUGACAGCAGCAGACAUCAAGCGCUACCUCACUGCUGAAGGAAUCAGCUUUGAAACCUUUGUGUUGCCUUCGACGAUGGACAUCACAGAAUGCUUCAUCCCUGGUGACAAGAAGGGGGAACUGCUACUGGACUUUCUCACUGAGUUGCAAGACUUCAGCCACAGUGCACCUCCAGAGCUGAAAGCCGGCGUGAUGAGCUUCCUGCGUAGCCCUGACUGCAGCAGUCAGGUGAACGGAAGGAUCAUAUUC